AUGAAGUUUAUUUGCUUAUUUUUUUGCUUUGUUACAAUUUUGGCAGGUCCUAUUGUUCCACCUACACCACCUGAUUUAGAUCCAUUCUAUUCUGCUCCAAAAGGUUACGAGAAUCAACCAAAUGGUGCUAUUUUAAAAUCAAGACCAGUUCCAAAUCCAUUAACUGAUAUAGUAAACCAAGUAAAGAUAAAAGCUGCAACUCAAAUCAUGUUUCGUUCUGAAGAUACUUUUGGAAAUCCUACUGCCGUGAUCACUACUGUUUUAGAACCUUUUAAUGCUGAUCCAAGUAAAGUUGUUAGCUACUUAACGUUUGAAGAUUCAGGGUCUAUACGCUGCAGCCCUUCAUAUGCAAUACAGGUAAAUUCACCCGGCUCAACUAUAAUGACUCAACUUGAAAUGUUCUUUAUUAUAUCAUUAUUAAAUCAAGGCUAUUAUGUUUCUACUCCGGAUUAUGAAGGACCUAAAUCUGCAUUUUGUGCUGGUGUAAAUAAUGGUAAUGCUGUAUUGGAUUCAAUUCGUGCCACUUUAAAAAGUGGAAAUAUUACAGGUGUUGACAAUGAUGCUAAAGUGGCAGUUUGGGGAUACUCAGGAGGUAGUCUUGCUUCUCUCUGGGCAGCCAGUAUACAGCCCAUAUUUGCCCCUGAACUAAAAUCAAAUUUAAUUGGAUUUUUAGGAGGCGGUUUUGUUACCAACAUAACUGAGGUGGCAGUGGCAGUAGACGGAGGUCUAUUUAGCGGAAUAGCAGCUAAUGCUCUUGGUGGCCUACUUAAUGAAUAUAGUCAAUAUACAACAUUGGCAAAUUCAUUAGUAAACCCUGCAUUAAAUUCAACUUGGAAUCAAAGAGAUAAACAUUGCUUAUUUGAUGCUUUAACCUCAUUCAUUGGAGUUCACUGGAUUGAAGGAACUCCAAGGGUUUUUCCAGAAGGUUUGUCACUUUUGCAAGAAGAACCAUUCAAAAGUAUAAUUGAUGGUAAUGGAUUAGUUAAUAGACCUGAUUUAGUACCUGAAGUUCCAAUUUUUAUUUAUCAUGGAACAUUAGAUCAUAUAGUUCCAAUUCCAAGUGCAAUUAAAACUUUCAAUCAAUGGUGUGAAGCAGGAAUAGCAAGUGCAGAAUUUGCAGAAGAUUUAACUAAUGGGCAUAUUACGGAGGCAAUAACCGGAGCACCCGCCGCUUUAACAUGGUUGAUUGAUAGAUUCAAUGGUGUUCUUCCAGUUAAAGGUUGUCAACAUACAACAAGAUUAAGUAAUUUUUUAUAUCCAAAUAUUCUUCCAUCAAUUUUAGAUUAUUUUAAGACUGCCUUUGAUGCAGUACUUGGUUUAAAUUUAGGAGGAGAUGUAAAAAAAGACCAAGUUUCAUUAAGUGCAAUUCAAAAUAUUCAAAAUUUAAAGUUUAAUAAAAUUUGA